AUGUCUUCUUCGGCCCCUCCUUCCAUCACGACCACGCCAAGCUCACCCAAUCCCUCUUCGAUCUCCCACCAUCAUAAUCAAGUGUUUUUUGAUGAUACAACACCCUCUGCUCUAAAUUUCUGGACCAACAACUCUCCGACACCAGGAGGAGCUCUUUCCACCACCACGGGUCAUCAUGGCAGCUCUUCUUCGAGUGGAAGCAACCACAGCGGUGGAGUUCUAAAUUCCACUUCCAAUCAAUCCUCUCCUCAAGUAUUCACGAUACCACCUCUCAAUUCAUCAGGUGCCAUUUCUACAAGUGGAUUGCCUUUUGCUUCUCCAACACCGGGUGGUGACUUGUUUGAUGUUCCCAGCAACAAUACACCCACUAGUGGUGGUGGUGGUGGUGGUGGUGCUGAAUUAUCAUUGUCGUCUGGUGCAUCCUCUUCAUCGUCGUCCUCGGCAUCGAUCAAACAAGAAGGAUCCUCGUUACUGGGUCAUUCUGGCGUUACACCAACACCUCUCUCGAUUGGAGCUUUUACCUCCAUCUAUGAUGCUCCUCCACCACCUCCUCAACCCAUUCAGAGCAAAACAUUGUCGCAUCCCACUCACACUUCUUCUUCCGCCCAUAACAACCAUCAUAACCAAAACAAUGGAAGUAACGCUGGCACGACUCAUCCACCGACCUCAUCGAGACCAAUCACUGUGGCUGGUUUGAGUGCCUUUACCAAUAAUCCUCCUCCAACUCAGACUUCUUCGUCUGUGCAAGCAACGACAGUGUCGCUAGGUCAUCACAAUCCAGCCGAGGAAUCUCCUUCUUUGGGAAUUUUCACUCCAUCCAUACUGAAUCAAGUUGCUUUGGAUGCCACUCCGCAACAUGGAGGAGAGCUAGCUGACAAUUCUGCUAAUUUGCAUCAUCAUCAACAACAGCAAGCUGCUCAACAUCACAUGCAAAUGAUGCACGCCCAACAACAACAGGGAAUGAUAGCUGCUCACCACAAUCCACUUUCUGCUUUCAAUUUUGGAAACAAGAUUCCUUCCUCUCACAUGAUUCCACAACAAAUACCAAAUCCAAACUUGACUUUUAAUGUUAGUAAUGCAGCAACCUAUAUUCCACUUCCCAUGAAUUAUGGAAUGACAUCGUAUGUCACUGAUCCUAAUGGAGUUGCAAAUUCGAACUCUCCUUCUCCUUCGUCACCAGUUGGUGAAAGCUUACCUUCUGGCGUGCUCAUGUCAGUGGUCAAAGGAUUCAAUGUUGAUGAUGGCGUUCCCGAGGAGCAUGGUGGCAAAGAUAACAAGAAAACACUCACCACUCAUGUUGUUCGUGUAAGGGUUGCUGAUUUGACAAACGCUCAUCCUCUACCAUCAGGCUAUAAAUUCAUGAUAAGGGCAGUGUUAUUAGGUUAUAAGCGAUACGAAAAGGAGGAAAUUUCUUCGCUCGAAACUCAUGAAAUCACUGUGAAAAAUCAAUCAGAAGAUUUUACCUUUGACAACAUGGUUGUAAAACACACAAGCCAUAGCAAUGGUCAAAAACUUUUCCUAAGAUUCAAAUUAGUCAUGUGCAAUGACAAGGACGAGAAAGUGUUGGAACAACUUGACACAACCUACUUCAAAACGGUCACAAAGAGAGCCAUCAUAAAACGACAAAACACCAAGAAGAUUGACGAACAAAAGAAGAAGGUUACCAAAGUACUUCAAGUCGAACCAAAAUAUAGUGUUACAACAGGAGGACAGCUCAUCAAAAUCGUCACAGAUAACAUGCCAGAAAAAGUUCGAUUACAAACCUUAAUUGUAAAAUUUGGAGAAAAGAAGGCACGAAGAGUUCACUCCGCAAGAGAUAAUAUGAUUAUUUGUGAAACUCCAGAGCAUCAAAAAGCUGAGGAUGUUCCAAUUUCAAUUUCUAUGGAUAAUGGUGUUUCAUUCUUUCAUUCACCCAUCGUGAAAAUGACGUUUAUUGAUCCUGCCACCGAUACAUUGCCCGAUGUUACUCCCCACAGUAAGACGUUCGUUGUUAAUUUCGCAACGGCAGGAGGAAAGCACGCCAAUAGUAGCACUGGUGAGGAUGAAGAAGUUGACCCUAAAAAGAAAAAGUCAAAGAAGUGA